GUUCGAUUCCGGUCAUCGGCUCCACUUAUUGAAAGUAGAGUACUUAUUAUGCCCAGAGACAUUGUAACAUUAGCAUGUGAUGUAUGUAGUCAGCGGAAUUAUGUAACAACCCGGAACCGCCGGACAAACCAAAAUCGGUACGAACGGAAGAAAUACUGUCGUUUCUGUCGAAAGCAUACAUCCCACAAGGAAACGCGAUAACUUUUUGAGUAGGCCAGUAGCUCCAAUGGCUAGAGCGCCGGUCUCCAAAACCGAAUGUUGGGGGUUCGAAUCCCUCCUGGCCUGCCUUUAUAAUCUUAUGAUAGACUCGUUUUAAAAAUUAUAUUCAGGGAAUUAACCAAGAAUGGCAGAGAGUGUCUAAACCGGACAUGAAAGAAGUCCAAGGAAGCACCAUUACUGUUAUCAUCGCUUGUGCUUUCUUAGGACUUUACAUCGGGUUAGUCGAUGGCAACUCCGCCUUUCCAGAAUGGAACAACCCGCUGAGUUGGAUUUUUCUGGUAAUUCUUCCAAUUGUUGUUUUCUUUACUGCGCGAAGUUGGGAGAAUCAGCCACAAAGCAGUAGAGAAGCCAAGUCGUCCGAUGAGAACAAGCCGAAUCAGAAAGUGAUAGCGGCAGCAAUAGCCUGUAUUCCGUUAAUGGCCGUACUUGUAAGCCAGUACGUCCUGAAUAAUUCCCUUGAAGGUUUCGGUAUGGCUUUCCUCAGAACCUCUUUAUUCGUUAACUAUAAUUUGUAUACCCUGGUGAAUCAGAAUAUGGAUGGAUAUUGGUACGUCGUUCAAAUAUACACUGGACAUGAGAAAAAGGUUAAACUUAACCUCGACAACAUGAUCGUGAGGGAAGAGUUACGGGAUGAAAUCCUGCAAGUUAAUGUCCCAGAGACUGAGGUUGUAGAGAUUAAAGACAGCGAACGGAAAAUUAGUCUCCGACCUUCUUAUCCGGGGUACGUCCUUGUUAAUACCAUCCAUGAACUCGGUCCACAUGUCGACAAUCUGAUUGGGCAAAAAAGUUGGACUCUCAUACAAGAAACACCGGGAGUCAUGAACUUCUUAGGUCCCACCUCACAUCCAUCGCCCCUGAGUCCUGAUGAUGUCGAAGUAAUGCUCCAGUUGUCAACCGAGGAAGAGGAAACGCUACCCGUACCCGUAAUGGAAUAUGAAAUAGGCGAUAAGGUCAAGGUGAUAAACGGACCGUUUAGUGGAUUCCCCGCCGAAAUCAAGGAAAUUGACAUGGAACACCAACGGUUACGCCUCAGUAUUUCGCUUUUCGGUCGCUCCACCUCCGUUGACUUGGGCUUACUUGAAGUGGAAGAAUUGAACUAAACGCAAACGGUGUUGUUUAA